AUUAAAUUGAAAUGUCGCACUUUUGACAAGCUAAAUUAUCCAUCCACCAUCAAUUUCAAGAUAAUAAUACAAUCAUGAUAAAGUGAUUCCACCAUGAUCAUUCGCAAAAUCCGCAAAAUAACUUAAUCAAACACACAAUACACUAAAUCUGAUGUAAAAUGAUAAUUUUCCUAAUAUACUCAGGCCAAACUGGUAACACGUGAUCAAUACAUUUAAAAUAAGAAAGAGCAAGAGCACUCCUCGAGGACACUUCAACCACAGUCGCACGUUGCAUCUCUCACAUAAAGUUAUAACUGAAAAUAUACAACUACCUUUAUAAGCUCAAAAAUGGCGGACGAAAAGGGUGAUAAGAAAAAAAGCGACACCGGCUCGAAAGAUGAAAAAAAGGAGGAUAAAAAGGAAGAAAAGAAAGAUGAGAAAAAGGAAGAAAAAAAAGGCAGUGACACAGGUUCGAAAAAAGAAAAAAAAGGGAGUGAUACAGGUAAGAAAGAGAAGAAAGGAAGUGCAACAGGUAAAAAAGACGAAGGAAAGGGCGAUGAAAAGAAAGAAGAAAAGAAGGAAGAGAAGAAAAAGAGUGAUACAGGUGCCAAAAAGGAGAAGAAAGGUAGCGACACUGGGGAUAAAAAAGAUGAAAAGAAAGAAGAAAAGAAAGAUGAAAAGAAAGAAGAAAAGAAAGAGGAAAAAAAAGAGGAAAAGAAAGGCAGUGAUACAGGAGCGAAAAAAGAUAAGAAGUCAAGUGACACCGGGGCUAAGAAGGAUAAGAAGGCGAGUGACACAGGAGACAAGAAAGAUAAAAAGGCAAGUGACACAGGAGACAAAAAAGAUAAGAAGAAAAGCGAUACAGGAGCUAAAAAAGAAAAGAAGGGUAGUGAUACUGGUGCUAAAAAAGAUGAAAAAAAAGAAGGAAAAGAAGAAGAAAAGAAAGAAGACAAGAAGGAAGAAAAGAAAGGAAGUGAUACAGGGGCAAAAAAGGAUAAAAAGGCAAGUGAUACCGGAGCUAAAAAAGAUAAAAAAGCAAGUGACACAGGAGAAAAGAAAGAUAAGAAAGCAAGUGAUACUGGGGCUAAAAAAGAAAAAAAGGGAAGUGAUACUGGUGCAAAAAAAGAUGACAAGAAAGAGGGAAAAGGAGACGAAAAGAAAGAAGAUAAGAAAAGCAGCAAAACAGAUGCAAAGAAAGAUAAGAAGGCAAGCGAUACAGGAGAAAAGAAAGAUAAGAAAGCAAGUGACACAGGAGAGAAGAAAGAUAAAAAAGCAAGUGACACAGGAGAGAAGAAAGAUAAGAAAGCAAGUGAUACUGGGGCUAAGAAAGAUAAGAAAGGAAGUGAUACAGGGGAUAAAAAGGACGAAAAGAAAAAGGAUGAUGAUGACAAGAAAAAAGAUGAUGGUGACAAGAAAAAAGAUGAUGGUGAUAAAAAGAAAGACGAUGAAAAAAAAGGCAGUGAUACGGGGGCAAAAAAAGAUAAAAAAGGAAGCGAUACAGGUGACAAAAAAGAAAAGAAAGGCAGCGAUACUGGGGAAAAGAAAAAGAAAGAUGGAAGUGAUACCGGAGAGAAGAAAAAGGACAAAGACAAGGAUGAUGAUAAAGAUAAGGAAAAAGAAAGAGAGAAGACAGCCGAUGAAAAGAAGAGGGAAGAUGAAUUAAAGAGGGAGGAGAUAAAAAGGAAACUGGAAUUAGAUCAAGAGAAGAAGAAGGCUGAAGAACUUGAGAAGAAAAUCAAGAAGCUAGAGGAUGACAGGCGCAAGGCACAGAAAGAGAAGGAUAAGCCGGCGCCCGUGGUGGACUGGGGCUGGUCCGAGCAGGGCUACGGGACCAACGCCAAGGUCAAGAAGAAGCUCAAACUGUCCGCCAUCCUCGGCGCCAGGCCGAACAAGGAGAAAAUUGGAGCUAAACAGGAACAGUUCGUUAAGAAGCCGGAUCCCCCAUGCUGUUGUGGUUCUAUUAAAUGCAGGGUAAAGCGCAUGUACUGCGCAUUUGGCGGGCUGACGAUCUGCUGCGAGUGUGAGAAUGUCGGCAACUCGGAGUGCCCGCCCACCUGCACCAACCUGCCCGACGAGGUGGUCUACACGUACAAGGGCCGCAUCCUCACGGACGGCGAGAUCCAGCUGCUGAUGUCGGGCGGCGGCGAGGAGAAGGUGGACCCGACGCCCAAGAAACCAGGGGAAGCCGGCAAGGAGGAAGAAGACGCUAUGGCGAAACAAAUGGCCAUGGAUAAGCUGCUGUUAGGGGGCUGUGAUACGUACUCUGUCAUGUCAACGACGACGUCCGGCUCGGGGUUCACCACGUCAACGAAUUCGACGUCGAGUCUGACUUCCAAUGCGGGUGUGGACUCCAGCAGCUCUGCUUACAGACUACGCUACCCUGAAGCCCACACUGCGGUGCAGAUCCACCGCCGCGAGUACGGCAAGCUGAUGAAGGAGUUCAGCGCGCAGACUCCGGAGACCCACGUGGCCGCCUGCCAGAACACCUGCGAGGUGGCGGUGGCUCCGGCCGCGGCGCAGAUCCCGUACCUGCGCAUGCAGAGCGCGCAGGCCGGCGUGCCGCGCAACCCCUCCACCACCGCCACGCAGGUCGAACCGACGUUCCAGUUCGCCAUGGAGCUCUCCGGGUCCUUCGCUAAAACGCUGGCCAAGAGGAACAAGAAGAUGGCCCUCCAAAAGGCGUCGAAGACAGCAAAAUCCGAUAAUGACUCUAAUGAUGAUGAUGAUGAUGACGAUGACACGGAGCGUGAGGGUAAAAUCAUGACGCCCUCUAUUUACUCUAAAGAAGGUGACAGCAAAAGAAAGGAGGAAAAAGGAAAACCUCGGUCACGAAAGCACAGUGACGACAGUGAUUCAGAUGAUGAGCCCUCAAUAAAGUUCAAAACGCUGACUCCUACCUCGUAUUCGAAGGCUUCAUUACCUACAGAGAAAAGGAAACAGAUCGAUCAGAAGAAACCAAAGAAGCACCAACAAGAAGAGGACGACGAGGAGUACUACAUGUCGGACGACGACGAGCCGCCACCGGCCAAGGCAGGCGCGGACCUGGACAAGAAGCCCACGCCGCUCUAUUUCCCCAAGAUCUGCACCGUGGAGCCGCUCGACCAGAACCUGCUCGAGAUCAUACAGCCCACGCCCGCUGUGCAAUGUCCGAAACUUUGUCAGUGCAAAGCUAUUACCUGCGGGUUACGCUCAGUGAAGGAUGUCCUAUCGAAAGUCUGCAUGUACAAAGGCUCGGCGUACCACCGUGCCGAGGACUGCCGCUGCGGGUUCCACCCCAAGCGCUGGAAGCCGGAGGAGGACCCCACGUACGGCAUGGACCCCGCCCAGCGCUCGCUGUUCCUGAAGAUGUACGACACGAUGCAGCGCAGCGGCGGAAAGGAGGAGUCGCGCGAGACGGCGCACUCCGACUCCGCGCACCGCCGCCGGCGCCGCAGCGGCAGCGGGGGCAGGCACAAACACAGGUCCCGCAGCCGCUCAGCGUCCAGCUCGCGUGUGGGCCGGCACCGCGAGGAGCGGUUCAGCUUCAUGGACGCGCCCCGCCGCCGCCGCCGCGCGCGCUCCGGACACUACUACAUGAUGGAGAUGGACACCGAGUCGCCCUUCAUGCCGGCUGUGACGUCGCACUCUGCGAAUAGUGUUUAUAGAAACAACUCAGCCAAAUCGCUCCACGAGAUCAACUCGUCGCCGUCGUACAGUUGUGCGUUCGAGACCACGUUCCGCGACUCCGUGACGCAGCUGAAGGGCCAGAUCCGAAACAGGGACAAGCCCGUGACGGAGCGGUCACGGCGCGUGCGCGACAUGAUCCGGGAGCGGACCGUGCCCGAGCUGGAGUACUACCUCGACCAGACGGCUAAUGUCUGCAACUUCCAGGGACUAUUGGACGAGUUUUAUGACUCGGAUGAGUGCGAACGCUAUUUUAAAAAGAAGAAGAAGUCCAAAAGGUCCAGGUCCAGGUCCAAGUCUCAUCACAGACGCAAGAAAGUAGAAAUAGUUGAUAACAAAGACGAGGACGCCUCUGUCCCACCAUCCACCUCUGGCCAAGAGUCUCCCACACGAGGUCCGAUGAUCAUAGACCUGUCGACACUGCCACAGGCGAGGAUGCUGCUGUCUAGUACUGAGAGUGUGGCCCCGGCGUUAGUGGAGCAAGGGUUCAGGCAGUCGACGAAUGCGGAGCUGUAUGCCUCGAAGUACGGUAUACAGGUGGACCCGAAGUUGGAUCAGCGGGACCACAAGCGGAGGCACCAGUCGUGCCCGCGGCGGCGCGCGGCGCGGUCCUGCUGCUCCAAGCCCCGACACCGCUCGCACUCGCGACACGCCUCGCACCGACAGUCGGUGCACUUCUACAGACACGAAACCUCUGCUAUAAAACCUAAACUAAACCCUUCUGAUGAAAGUAUCGAUAGCGAAAACUCUGGUAAACGUCAUCUGUUUGGAUGGUAAAGAUUUUAGGCAUCAUCAAUUGAGCUCUACAGCUUAAAACGAAUUUCAACUUCAUCAAUUGAGUUCAACAAUAUUAAACGCAACUAAAGUAAUCGCUAUUAUGUCGUCCACUAGCGUGACGGACGACUCUGGCACCAGCUCGCCGGAGGUGGUGGAGGUGUCCAACAUCAUCGACGAGAAGAAAGAGAAGGAGAAGGAGAAAGAGAAGAAGAAGAAGAUAGAGACGUUGUUCGGCAACUGCGAGAAA